AUGGAAAAGCUCUACACAUCUCCUCCCUCAAUAUUUCUUUUGUCUAUCUCACCUUCCUUUCUCUUCCUCCUCCUUCCUUUGUGUCAACUCAUUCUUCUUUUUAUCUUCCUCUUCCUUUAUUCACUUCCUCGUCGUCUUUCUUUCGCACACCCUCCUUUUUUUUCUUUUUUUCUUUCUCUUUAUCACUAUUUUCGCUUGAUUUUAUUUUGUCGACCUCAUAUUUCGUUCUGUCUUUUCUCCUUCUCUCUUUUUCGUUCUAUCUUUCAUCUACUUCAGUAUUUCCACUUCUUUCGAUCGACCUGUUUCUCUCCUUCCUCAGUCUUUUUCUCGUCUUUUUCCUCUUUCUAUCGCCCCCUUCCUUUAUCCUAUUGCUCCUUUUCUUUCUUUCAUACACUCUCAUCUUUCUUUCUUUCUUUGUUUCUUUGUUUCUUUCUUUCUUUUUUCUUUCUUUCUUUUUUUUUUCGCUUUGAUUUCGUUUUGUCUACAACUUAUUUCUUUCUCUCCUUCUUUCUCUUCUCCCCCUCUCUCAUAAUUCACUCUACUAUCCUCCUCCCUCAACAUUACUUCUUCUUUCUAUCACCUUUUCCGUUCUCCUCCUCCUCUUUCUACUUGCCAUAUCGUUCUUCUUUCUGUCGCCUCCUUCCUUUAACCUCUUCCUCAUCCUUCUCUUUCUUUCACACACUCUCUUUUACUUUGUUCUUUCUUUCUUUUUUUCUUUCUUUCUGUUCGCUUCGAUUUCGUUUUGUCGGCAUUUUAUUUCGUUCUCGCUUUUUCUAUCUUCUCCCUCUCUUCCCCUAA